UCACGUUAUCAGAAAAGGAAUAAUAAUGUAAUUUUUCUAAUGAGCUGUUUUUGUAGAAUGACAUGCUAGUCCUAGUCUAAUAGCCUGUGUGUAUUCCAGAUGUGUUUAUUCCUGCUCUUCCCUCGCACUGGAGAUGACGUUAUAUUCGUUUGGAUUUCACAAUGCAUUUAUUAUCCCAGGCCGAGUGUGCCAGUCGUGUGACCGGGUUCUGGCAAGCUAUCCUGGAGAGCUUCUGAUGUGUCAUCUGUUAGGCUCACUUACCUGGGGGAGAGGCUAGUGAGACUGAAAAUGAGAAGGAAAUAGAAGUCUGGUUUCCACAGCAACACAUAAAAAAAGACCAAGGAGCUACUCAGGUACUUUAAGAGUUUAUGACCAGCACAAGAGGUGGACCCCAUGCACAGUAAAGAUGGGCACACCAGUCGAACCAGUGCUGCUGAUGCUUUUAUGGCAAAGUGUUUGGGCUUUGGACAUCCCUCUAGAAAUCCGCCAACCCCCAACCAUCACAAAGCAGUCAAUGAAGGAGCAUAUUGUUGACCCCAAAGACACCAUGGUCAUUGAGUGCGAGGCCAAGGGAAACCCUCAUCCUAUUUUCUCAUGGAGGCGCAACGGGAAGUAUUUCAACGUGGCACGUGAUUCGCAGGCAUCAAUGCGCAGGCGCUCAGGGACGCUGGACAUCUAUGCCCGGAACAAUCCAGAACAGUAUGAGGCAGAAUAUCAGUGCAUUGCCUCCAAUGAGUAUGGCUCUGCAUACUCCAACAAAAUCAGACUGAAAUUGUACAGAGCUCCUGUGUGGCCAAGAGAGAUCGUGGAACCUGUGGUUAUUAGUGCUGGUUCGCCUUUGGUCCUGUCCUGUGAUCCUCCAGCCGGUCCGCCUAAACCUGAAACCUACUGGAUGGCCAGCUGCUCAUAUGCCAGACCCUUUAACUGGCCAAUUCAGACAGCCUUCCCCACCAUGCACCCUGUGCGGCAGGACCGCCGGGUAUCCAUGGGGAUCAAUGGAGACCUGUAUUUCUCCAACGUUCUAUUCAACGACUCUGCCUCUGAUUACUGCUGUAGCGCCCGGUUCCCCUACAAGAAUGCCAUCCAGCAAAAGAUGCCAGUGGUUGUCAAGGUGCUCACAACUCGAGCGGUGAUGGAGGCUGCCCCCACCUGGCUGUCUCCCACAGGCUCAUCUAGUUCUGUUCUGGUCCUCCUGGGAGAGGAACUACUGCUGGAGUGCGUCGCUGCUGGAGUGCCCACUCCUAGCAUCACCUGGACGAAGGAUGGUGAAGACUUGGUGGUGACCUCACGCAUGAAAAUGAAACAUUUCAACAAGAUGAUUCAAAUCCCAAAGGCAUCUUUUGAGGAUGCGGGCGAGUAUGUCUGUACUGCCACCAAUAAGAUCAGCUACAUUCAACACGUAUUAACGGUCAGGGUAAAAGCGGCUCCAUUCUGGUUAGAAAAACCUGAUGACUUAGUUUUGGCUCCUGAGGAAAGUGGACGCUUGGUGUGCCGCUCUGAUGGCGCGCCUCGUCCCACAGUCAGCUGGUUCAUCAAUGGAGAACCAAUAGAGACUGCAACACCACAACCCAACAGGCAGGUGUCCGGAGAUACACUGACCCUCAGCAGCGUGACUGCCGCCAACACAGCUGUCUACCAGUGCAAUGCCUCAAACCCGUAUGGCUACUUAUUGGCCAAUGCUUUUGUCAGUGUGCAGCAUGCAACACCUCGUAUUCUUGGGCCAAGGAACGAACUCAUCAAGGCCAUAGAGGGAACUCGUUCCUUUUUGGACUGCCGCUACUUUGGCUCUCCGGUUCCUGACCUGCGAUGGUCCAAAUACGGACAGGGAAAUCUCGAAGGAAAUCGUUUUAAGACACAUGGCAAUGGGACUCUGGAGAUAAGGCGCACACACAUAGAGGACCAGGGAACCUAUGUGUGUGUAGUCAGCAAUGUUGCAGGCAGAGAUGAGAAUCAAGUUCGACUAGAGGUCAAAGAACCUACCUUGAUUGUCAAAAGACCACAGGAUAUGAAAGUCAUCCGUGGAAGCGACGUGCGCUUGGAGUGUGGCGUGAAAGCAGACAUCACCACACCCAUCACGACCACAUGGAUGAAAGACAAAACCACAGUCACACUUGGCUGGAGAAUGUCCCUUGAUGAAUCAAAUCUGGUCAUCACCAACGUAAACAGAGGUGACGCUGGCAUCUACACUUGUGCCAUCCAGAGUGAACUGGACCAAACGUCUGCAUCAGCACACCUAAUGGUGAUGGAUUAUCCAGAUCCCCCCACUAAACUGGAGUUGUCUGAUCCAUAUGAACGCAGCGUUAGACUCAGUUGGGUCCCAGGAGACAGCAACUUCAGUCCCAUUACAGAAUACUUGGUGCAAUAUGAUGAUGAUGACUGGUUACCUGGAAAGUGGAAGAACUUAUCAACAUACCCUGGGAGCCUAAACUCUGUCAUUCUGCACCUUGCACCCUUCACAUACUAUGAAUUUCGCGUUAUCGCCAUCAAUGAAAUUGGACCAAGUCGGCCAAGUCGGCCAUCGAUGCGCUUCCAGACGAGCGGUGCACCUCCAGAUGUCAUCCCAAAGAAUGUAAAGGGAGUUGGAACAUGGAGAAACAACAUGGAGAUCAGCUGGGAGCCUCUGACUUACAGAGAAUGGAAUGGGCCACACCUCAAGUAUCUUGUCUGGUGGCGACGGAGAGACUCCAGAGAAGAGUGGAAGAAUGCCACCACUAAAUGGCUGAAAUAUUAUAUUUAUGACGCAGAUACUUUUACUCCUUAUGAGAUCAAGGUCCAGGCUGUGAAUGACUUUGGGCUUGGCCCAGAGUCACCAGUUGUUAUUGGUUAUUCCGGGGAAGACCGUCCUCUUAGUGCACCCCUGAACCUGAGAGUGUCAGAUAUCCAGAGCACCCAGGUGACUGUGCAUUGGGACACAGUGGCUCGAAGCUCAGUGAUGGGAGAGCUUAAAGACUACAAGGUCUACUACUGGAGAGACAGCAGCCAGCUGAGGUGGCUGAGAGUCAACAGAGCUAUGAGUUCCAAAGUGUUUACAGACACUGGCCCGGAGCCAUCUGGGGUUCUAACAGAGCUGAUCCCCUACAGCAACUAUAAAAUGUACAUAGUAGUGACCAACAGUCGAUAUGAAGGUCCACCGAGCAACAAUAUACACUUUUCUACACCUGAGGGAGUACCGUCUGCUCCCACAUCCUUCAGAAUCCAGCAGCGACAUCUUGACAGUAUUUAUGUGGACUGGGACUUGCCAGCAGAGCCCAAUGGAAUCAUCACCGGAUAUUCACUCAUGUAUCAGACAGUGAACGCCACCAGGGGAGAGGAGCAGAGAGUGGAGGAGUUCCUUCCAAAUGUUACAAGUUUCUCAGUGCCCCGGUAUGACCGCUACACUAGAUACCGAUUCUCUGUGGCGGCUCGGACUCGGAUGGGCUUGGGAGAAUGGCAUACAGAGGAGUCACCACACUACACCACUGAGAUCUACGCCCAGGACCAGGUAGACAUCUCCACUCAGGGCUGGUUCAUUGGAAUCAUGUGUGCGGUGGCCCUAAUUGUGCUCAUGCUGCUGAUAGUGUGUUUCAUCAAGAGAAGCCGGGGGGGGAAAUACCCAGUACGGGAAAAGAAAGAUAUUUCAUUAGAGCCCGUGGAUGAUAGGGAUCAAGAUGGUUCCUUUGACUAUCGGUAAGAAUGAGAGCAGCUGUUACAAAUACCAGAUGAGAAAACUGGGAAAAUACCCAAUGCACUAAUAUUGCAGCAAGUUUUAAUCCCACAUGACUUAAUGCCAGUUUGUAACUUGCAGAUGGAAGUACUUUCAUCAUUACCAGUCACAAACUAGCAAUACCAAACACUACAAUUCAAAAGACCAGUGCCAUUACUUGUAGUACCCUACAGUAACACUCUCACUCAUGGUGUGAUCAACCAAUAACAAAAUAGCCGUAAAUUAACCACAUAUGUGAUAAAUAGGACAGCCCUGAUUGCUGCACUAAAAAGAGAUCAAAAGAAAACAUUCACACAACUAGCAACAUGUAAAAACACAGUUGCAAUUCAACAAACAAAAGGCAUGCUUGGAAGCUCGCGUGCAUACUUCCCCAGCAGCAAUAUCAACUUGGCAUUUAGUUUGAUCGAAUUUCUUCAAUUUUACAUACAUUUUAACUAAUGCAUACAGAAAAUCUAUCUACAGUUUCACACAACGUGAAGUUAAUGUAACUACCAACAUUUUCAUGUCAGUAUGACUCUGAAAAAUAUUGUUUCCAAUAUAAUAAUUCAAUACAGGUGUCUUGUGCAGCCUGGGCGCCUGCAGCUUGUUUUUUAUUGGCUCACGACACUUUGUAGAAAUAAAAUUCAACCAAGCAAACCCAGCAAAAUGAGAAAAAUACAGCAAAAAGGCAAAAUGUAAAGAAAAAAUCUGAAAUGUUCAUACUAAUAAUAAAGCAAAGCUUUGUCUUUUUUUUUUAGCCUGUUUAAAAAAUGUAAAAAAUACAUAAAUAUAUCAAAGUACAACAAAUGUUAUAGUUGAAUCAUAUCAAUUACAAUUGUGUCGUUUGUACACUGUAUCGAAUUGUUCUGUUUUUAAAAUAAAGUAGACGCCCCUACAACGUAAAUAAUCCUUUCCGAGAACGUUUACGUUAUAGGGUUUUUACGUUAUACGAAGUGUAAAAUACAUGUAAAUCGCCAAAUCCGUUCCAAGAUCUUCCCAAACUCACCUCUUUGGCCCUUCGAAUCGAAUUUCUGUACUUGCACCGACUUGACACUUUAUGUUAUAUGGAAUUUCUUACGUAAUACGAUGCAAAAACUUGACAUAAAUUCUUUACUUUCAGUGGAAUUUACGUAAAAGGAGGUUUACGUUAUGCGAGGUACUACUGUAUAUCGUUUUUUAAUCGUAUCUUAACUCGUGUAUCUAGAUGCGUAUGGAAGUGUUUACCACAAAGAGAUUUACUAUAGUAAAUAUUAGUAAGUAUUAGUAAUAUUAGAAAUAGUAUUUCUAUCUGUGAUUAAGUGUGAUUAAUUAUUAGUUAACUAUGGACAAAAUGUGAUUAAUUGCGAUUAAAUAUUUUAGUCGACUGACAGCCCUAAUAUAUAUAUCACAUCAGUGAUGGUGAGGAAUAGAAAGCAUCUGGUCCAUAAAUGUUGCCACACUGGUACAGAUCAAAUCACACAGUCAUUAUUUACUGUCAUAUUUGCAUUAAUAUCUGAUUUCUGAUUUAUUCUCCUUUUUACGCACCCUUUAUCUACAUCCCCUCAACCCUUUCUCAAGGUCUCUUGAAAGGAUAGCACGUGUCACCACUCUCCCUUACCCACGUUGGGAAGAGGAAAGGGGGAUUCAGAGGGGUCAGCCAUCGAUGGAGGCAGUGAUGAAAAGGUCAGACAGUGAUGAUAGCCUGGUGGACUACGGAGACGGAGGAGACAUACCGUU